CUUCUUAAGGUUUAUUUUUGUGAUAAAAUUUUGAAAAUAGUUUAUUUAAGAUAAUCGCUCAAAAUAAAUCAUUGGAGAUUUUUUUCAAAUAUUUCGUAAAUUUACAUCAAAGAAGUUAUACAUCAUAAUCAUUCAACCAAACGUGAAGAAAAUUUGGGGAAAAAAAAAGAAGAAGAAGAUAAUAACAAGAAUAUAACCAAACCUAAUCAGUUGACAACUUAAAUGUACUUCUAAAAUUUACCACAACCUAUUCAAACUUUGCUUAUAAUAUUACACCCAAGAACAAAAAACUUGCUUAUAAUAUGACACUACCAAACGGUGAGACAAAAAAAAAAUGGUAGAUGAAUACUAAUUUCUUUGUAUUUUGCGACAAUACGGUGCGACAAAACUAAACAAAUCAAUAUUGUGUUUGUAUUUUAUGUCUAGAAUAAUGAUUUUUUCAAGUCUCUUCUCUUUCACCGUUAAUAUCAUAACCAGUCUCUCCUAGCUUUAAAACUUUAGUUUAACCCAUCAACGAUAAACCAGCCUCGUUACCAAAGAUACAAACUUUAAACUGAAUGAGUCUCAAAGCUCUGAACUUUGAUCAAUGACACCAAUUUUUUGUCACCCCAAACUACAAAGAUCAACACUUUUUUCAUGAGCAGAUCAUCAUUAGAGCAAAACUCAAUCUCAGCAAUCAAUUCAUUGCUUUUAAGAAACUAAAAAAAAAAAUUUGAAUAAAGACCAGAGAGGAAGACAUACAAGUGUUAGCUGAGAUGGAUCUUGUUGUUGAUGACGGUGCUGAACCAAUCCAGCAACAGAGAAAGAAGCAAGGAGAAGCCAUAUCGAGAAUUGAAGAAGAGAAAUUGGGGAUCAGAGACUUACGCUUCGGCAUCAACGUUACUCAACGACGGGAGGCGACAGUGGAGCACGGGAUUGGGAAGAGAGGGAAGCCGCGAGGGCCUCCUCCAUCUGCAAUGCAAUCGGAAAGCGUAGUCGGAAUCGGCGAUUCAAGAACACUGUGCGUCUCUCUCCUCCACACACUCAUGUUUCGACAGGUGUCUCAUAAGACGCAGCGUCAUCGGCAAUAAAUUAGCCUUUCAUUACGGCAACCCAACACCGGUGAAGGUUCCGAGCUUACUUAUUUUCCAGACGCAGCGGCAAUCGAUGAUGGGUGAAAGAGACGCAGGAAUUAAUGGCGUCACCGGCGCUUCACUUUUUGUGUCUCCGUAAGAGACGCUGAGAUUAAUGGCGUCACCGUUUUUAAUUUUUUGUGCCUCCGUACUUUAUUUUUUUAGACGCAGCAGCAGCAUUCGGCGUCUACCAAAAGAACAUGGUAGACGUUUCUUUUUUGCAAUCCCCUAAACUAUA